UGUAUUUUAAUGCGCGGUUUGAUGACGUAAUGUUGAUAGUCAAACGCGAAAUGGCGAGUGCAGUAAGAGGCCCGUUACCAGCAGCACUCUGGGCUUGUACUGUGCUUAUUUCUUUAAUGUUCCUAUAUCGAAACCAUUACAUGUGUAUACCCAGUCCUGUUUUGUUCAUCACCACUAAGUGAUUUUAGGUGGAAAAAGAUGUGUUGAAAGAGAAAUUCAGCUGUGAUUUUGCUUUCUUAAAGAGGGAUAAGGUCGAUAAUGGCGGCUGAGGUGGAGGCGGAUGGAGGCAAUGAGUACCCUGCACAUUACAAAGUCAUGAUGGACAAACUUAAUGAACAACGACAGCUGGACCAGUUCACAGACAUCACCUUGAUUGUGGAUGGACACCAGUUCAGAGCCCAUAAAGCAGUGUUGGCAGCAUGCAGUCAGUUUUUCCAUAAGUUCUUCCAGGAUUUUACACAGGAGCCACUGGUUGAGAUAGAAGGAGUGAGUAACACAGCCUUUCGCCAUCUGAUGGAGUUCACAUACACAGCAACACUAGCUGUAGCUGGAGAAGAGGAGGCCUAUGAUGUCUGGAAGGCUGCUGAAUACCUCCAGAUGCAAGAAGCCAUCAAAGCGCUCAACAACAAUAAGAUAAGUGACAACCCCUCACUGACUGCAAAGAGCAAAGGUAAAAAGAGGAAGAUUGCUGAGACAACAAAUGUGAUUACAGAAACCCUCCCUUCAGUGGAAGGGGAACAGGUGGAGAUUGAGGUGAUAGGGGAGGGGGCCAUUGAGGUGGAGGAGACUGGACUAGAGGAGGUGGUUGAUGCAGCAAAGAAUGCUCAGGCGGGGUCCGAUGACUCUGCUUUGGCUCUUCUUGCUGACAUAACCAGCAAGUAUCAGCAAGGGGAAUCUCCACUUCAGGUCAUCAAGAAGGGAGGAAUAGAAGAGGAGGUGGUGUAUCAAGAGGAAACGGUGACUGCAUCCAAAGUUCUGGAGAACGUCGAGGUUGUAGAGGUCCAGAUUUCCCAAGUGGACAACAUGUUCCGCUGUAACAAAUGUGACCGUACCUUCAAGUUGUACUACCAUCUCAAGCAGCACUUGAAAACACACCUGGGCUCACUGGAAAAACCCCAUGUGUGCAAUCACUGCGGUAAAGCCUACACGCGGGAAGGUGCCCUGAAGCAGCACAUCAGUACAUUUCAUUUCGAUGCAGAAGAGCUGUCUCGAAACCAGAAACCGCAGAAGAAAGUGCAUGUUUGUGAAUACUGUAAAAAGCACUUUGACCACUUCGGCCACUUUAAGGAGCACUUGCGGAAGCACACUGGAGAAAAACCUUAUGAGUGUCCAGAUUGCCAUGAACGAUUUGCUAGGAACAGCACACUGAAGUGCCAUAUGGCAGCCUGUCAGAAUGGGGCUGGAGCCAAGAAAGGACGCAAGAAACUCUAUGAAUGCCAGGUCUGCAGCAGUGUAUUCAACAGCUGGGACCAGUUCAAAGACCAUCUUGUGAGCCACACAGGAGUCAAACCCAACCACUGCACCAUGUGUGACAUGUGGUUCACACACCCAAAAGACCUUAAGGCCCACCUGAAACUCAUCCAUUCCACUGAUGACAAGUCAACUGAGGAAGUGGUCAUCACUGACUCUGCAGCCGCUGCCGCCCUCGCCAUCGCCACACAGAGCAUAGAAGGAGCCGAAACUGUCCUGCUUGAUGAUGGAAUCCAGGUGGAACACGUCACAGUGGAGCCUGUGGAUGUGAUGGAGAUGGAGGAGACCGCGACGGUUGUGGUGGAGGACGGUGGUGUGGCCGAGAUGUGCGAGGAGGACGUGGAGAGAUUAAAGCAAGCUGGGGUGCAGAUCCAGGUGGUGCAUGUGACCACGACUGAAGUAGACGGGCAGCAAGUAGUGAACUCGCAGGUGGAAGUACAGAUGGAGGAUGAAAUUGUGAACGUAACGGAGGCAGAACAAGCAGUGGUCGUAUGAGACUGUGAAAAGAACUCCGUCUUAAAUGACCUGUGGGACACUCUGUCAGUCCCGAAUGGCUGCAUUAUCCUGCAGCUAAAAACUUUAUUUUCCAAAAAGAGCACUGCAUGUGUAAAAAUAAAGCAUGUCAUCUCUAUGUCCUGCUGUGUGCCAACACGUUGACUGGUUUGUUUCCCGCCAUCCUCACUCCUUGAACUCUCAGCUAUAGACAGAGUUAUGGAAAUGUUGCCAUUUCCUCAUCCUGAUUCUGUAUUUAUUUUAAAGCCGUUUGCCAUCCUGUAUUGUUGUUGACUCUUCAGUGCUUCUGCAAUCAGUUUUCAUGUGUUUUUUUUUUCUCUGUGUGUCUUUACUUUUACCUCAAAUUUAGAUUUUGUUCUUUCAGUUUGUCACCUAUCAAAACAAGGAUUGAAAUGAUCCUGUCACAGCUCAUUGACAGCUCAGAUGUAGCGCUGUUGUCCUUCAGUGCUGAUGCUACAGUUUUGUUCAAGCUUAUUUUCAUAUUGACUUUUGGUGGGUUUUUUUUUUGUAGGAAAAACUCAGAUGUGGAACAAAGUUAGUUUCCAGAAUAGGCUACAAGUCUUAUAUGCAUCUACUGAGAUCUUAAUAACAUUAAAUCAAGUUAGUGAGGGCAUAGAUACAUUGAGAAAUGCUGUCGAGUUUAAGAUACCUGCAUAAUUUUGGUUUUUAUUUCCACAAAGCUGUUGUAACCAGUAUUUUUUUUUUUACCUUUGCAACGGAUUAAAUGUGAAUUGUGAAAUAA